AUGAGAUCCCACACCCCCAGCCUGCGCUAUGAGAUCCCACACCCCCAGCCUGCGCUAUGGGAUCCUGGAUCCCACAUCCCAGCCUGGGCUACAGGGAAUCACACAUCCCAGUCUGGGCUACAAGAUCCCGGAUCCCACACCCCCAGCCUGCGUUACGGGAUCCCACACCCCCAGCCUGCGUUACGGGAUCCCACACCCCCAGCCUGCGUUACGGGAUCCCACACCCCCAGCCUGCGUUACGGGAUCCCACACCCCCAGCCUGCGUUACGGGAUCCCACACCCCCAGCCUGCGUUACGGGAUCCCACACCCCCAGCCUGCGUUACGGGAUCCCACACCCCCAGCCUGCGUUACGGGAUCCCACACGCCCAGCCUGCGCUACGGGGUCCCACACGCCCAGCCUGCGCUACGGGGUCCCACACGCCCAGCCUGCGCUACGGGAUCCCACACCCCCAGCCUGCGCUACGGGAUCCCACACCCCCAGCCUGCGCUACGGGAUCCCACACCCCCAGCCUGCGCUACGGGAUCCCACACCCCCAGCCUGCACUACGGGAUCCCACACCCCCAGCCUGCGCUACAGGAUCCCACAUCCCACCCUAGUGCCUGAGCCAAAACCAGUAAACACUAAGUCAGUGAGCUGA